UAUGGAACAGAUUCUUGAACGAUAUGAGAGAUACUCAUACACAGAGAGACGUUUGCUUGCAAGUAAUUCUGAAUCUUCGGUGCAGGAAAACUGGAGCCUGGAAUAUGCUAAACUCAAGGCUAAGAUUGAUCUCCUACAAAGGAACCACAAGCAUUAUAUGGGAGAAGAUCUUGACUCAUUGAACCUAAAGGACCUGCAAAACUUGGAACAACAACUUGAUACUUCUCUUAAGCUUAUUCGAUCAAGAAAGAACCAACUCAUGCAUGAGUCAAUCUCUAUGCUACAGAAAAAGGAAAAGGCAAUCCAGGAGGAGAAUAACAUGCUAUCCAAGAAGAUUAAGGAGAAGGAUAACACAGUAGGGCAGCAAGUUGAAUGGCAUCAGCAAAAUCAAGUUCCUACUUCAACAUCUUUCCUCCUACAACCACAUCCAUGCCUAAAUAUUGGAGGUAAUUACCAAGAGGAAGCAGAAGAAGCAAGGAGGAAUGAGCUUGACCUAAAUCUUGAUUCCUUGUAUCCAUGCCAUAUGGGAUGCUUUGCCACAUGAAUAAACAACUUUAUAUGUUGCAUCUGAAGGAAUGUCCUUUUGCUGGAGUUCAAGUUUUCCAAUUCUGUGUUCUCGUCUGCUUUAUGUGGAGGAAAAUAAGAUUUUAAGCCUUGUCUUGGGAAAUUCUUAAUAUUGUGUGUCUUUAUAUUGAUAUAUAUAUAGGACCUUAUUGUCUUUCUUUUUAUAUGGUGAAGAAUGUUAAUUUCCUAACCUUCAUAAAUGGAAGAGGAGGUCCAUUUGUUGGCAUCUGUUUACAUUUUUGCCUUACAAUUAUUGUCAAUACAAUUAUGUAUUUUUCUUUGAGUUCAA